AAAUUUGGGAUUUAGUUACCUAAGCUACUUGUGUCACUCGUUCAUGGCGGAGUAAUUCGGCAUUUUCUCUUUGGACUUUCAGUUUCGUUCUUGACGGAUCUUCAAUCUGCUGGUUUUCCGGAACCUCGCUUCAAUCCUGCCCUUCCUGUUCGACACUUCACCAUGUCGCCGACUCCCGAGGAACCCAAUAAUUUGCAGAACGGAAUCGAAAUCGAACCACACAUUUCGGUAGAAUCAAAUCAAAUUGGUGAAUCCAAAUCAGAGCCGGAAUCCACAGCAGAUGUAGUUCCCACAGCUGAAUUACAACAAGAACGCGAAUUGGAAUCAGUUAAUGGAGUAGAAGACUUGGAGCCUCAAUCGGAGCUGGUAAUUCCCACAGCUGAAUUACAACAAGAACGCGAAUCGGAAUCAGUCAAUGGAGUAGCAGACUCGGAGCUUCAAUCGGAGCUGGAUUCUCCAAGGAAACAGUUAUCGGAGUCCAUCCAAUUACAGGUAGCGACGGAUGUUGCAGAUCCGAGGUUUGAAGAGCCUAAAGGAACCUCGAUCUCAUCCAACGGCACUGAGAACUCGCAACCUGCGCUGCGUAAAGAUGAAGGAAGCCGAACAUUUACAAUGAGAGAGUUGCUGAAUGGAUUGAAAGUUGAAGAUGGUAACGACAGCCUUAACGAAUCUGAAGGCGAGAAGCCGGAGGCGAACUCCGGUUACAGUCUUAAUCAAGAUAGUCCACAUCAGCCUUAUUCUGAACAGAGCAGAGCUGCCAUGGAGUUGAUCAACAGUGUUACAGGUGUUGAUGAAGAGGGCCGUUCUCGCCAAAGGAUUCUCACAUUUGCUGCUAGGAGGUAUGCGAGUGCAAUUGAGAGAAAUGGUCAAGAUUAUGAUGCUCUAUACAAUUGGGCUUUGGUCCUCCAGGAGAGUGCAGACAAUGUUAGUCCAGAUUCCACUUCACCUUCUAAAGAUGCGUUGCUUGAAGAGGCUUGUAAAAAGUACGAUGAGGCUACCCGUCUUUGCCCAACACUUCAUGAUGCUUUUUAUAAUUGGGCUAUUGCAAUCUCUGAUCGUGCCAAAAUGCGUGGUCGUACAAAGGAGGCUGAAGAACUGUGGAAGCAGGCUACCAAAAAUUAUGAAAAAGCUGUCCAACUCAACUGGAAUAGUCCCCAGGCACUAAAUAAUUGGGGGCUUGCUCUACAGGAACUCAGUGCGAUUGUGCCAGCACGAGAAAAGCAGACAAUUGUAAAAACAGCUAUCAGUAAGUUCCGUGCUGCUAUACAGUUGCAAUUUGAUUUUCAUCGAGCAAUCUACAACCUUGGUACUGUUCUGUAUGGACUAGCUGAGGACACAUUGCGGACUGGUGGCACAGGAACUGUUAAGGAUGUUUCCCCUAAUGAGUUGUACAGCCAAUCUGCAAUUUAUAUUGCAGCUGCGCAUGCUCUAAAACCAAGUUACUCUGUUUACAGCAGUGCCUUGCGGUUGGUUCGUUCAAUGCUGCCGUUACCCUAUCUAAAAGUUGGAUACCUGACUGCACCUCCGGUGGGGAGACCAUUUGCUCCUCACGGUGAUUGGAAACGUUCACAAUUUUUUCUAAAUCAUGAUGUAUUGCAAAAGCUUAACAUAGGCGGGGAACAAACACAAACAUCCCCUACUCUUUUAGGAAGAUCUGGAAGUACCUUGAAUGGCGACAGGACAAUGAAAGUAGAAAUUCCAGAUAUUGUCUCUGUUUCAGCCUGUGCAGAUCUAACUUUACCACCCGGUGCCGGGCUCUGCAUCGACACAAUCCAUGGACAAAUUUUCUUGGUUGCUGACUCGUGGGACGCGCUCGAUGGAUGGCUUGAUGCAAUUAGAUUAGUUUACACGAUCUAUGCCCGAGGGAAGAACGAGGUUUUAGCUGGCAUCAUAGCAGGUUGAUCAUUACCAAGUACGCAAAAAUGUUUCAGUGAUAUUAUCUUGAUGUCUAUAUGAUGUUUAUUCACAUUAGAUUGAGUACUCAUUUCCAUAGAUUGAAACACAAAAUUUUGGGUUGCUUUCCAGUGCUUAGAACAUGUUUCUCUUGUCAGAUCCCCUUUUCAGUGUAUAAUAAUCUAUGUACAUGUCGCUUGUUAACAGCACGCACAAGUGGGUACCGUUUUGGACCCUUGAGGUAUUUUCAUUGUAUUUUUAUAUA